AUGAGCGGCAGCGGGCAAGGCGAGCAGCAAGGUGCUGCACUGGGCGUCUCCUUUGGCACCGCCAUGUGGCUUGCCAUCUUUUUGCACCUCGUUGGUGUUGAAAUUUACCUGAACUUGACGCCAGCCGAAACUCACCGCCUUCGACAAGUCAGCUAUCAGAAGCAAUUGGAGGCCGGCCUGCCCAACCCUGGCUCGGCAGGUCUGACCAGCGACCGCUGGGGAGAUUCGUUGCCGUGGGCGCCGAGCGAGCGCCACGUAGAAAUGGCGACUCACUCGGCAUACGAGAGCGAGCGCCAGGCCACUCACUCGGCCUGA